AUAUUUACAUAUCCAAACACUGCAACUGCUCUGAGGCUUCUCUGACUCUCUCUGUACCUUUCACUCCGUGCUGUGCGGAGAACAUAGCUAAGUGCGCCACCUCAUGUUUGCUUUUAGUACUGCAGUAGGCGGUGCACUGGUGAGAAGUGCGCUCACUGAGAGCCGCCCGCUGGGGCAGAGCUGCUGGAGGGAGACGGGGUGAGUCCGGCGGGAUUAGCUGCCGUGAGCCGUGAGGGAAGCAGAGCAGGAAUUGAGGAUUAGGAAGAGCGGCGCUGCAGAGAGAGGUCCGGUGUAUUGCGUCACGGGAAGAGUCGGCUGUACCGGGAUAGAGCUGCGGCGGGAGAGGGAAGAAAGUUAAAAGAGAGUCGGUCUCUUGCCCCAGGCUGGGCAUUGUGCUGCUGCUAGAUACUGGAGCGGUGCUAAAAGAGGUUGGAUGUCCCUGUCUCCAAAGAAACUGCAUUAAGAUUGACAGAACAAACCAAAGGACUUGCGGUUGUGUAUUUAUCCGAGCCAGAAUCAAGGUGUGUGUGGAUCAAGAAGCUGCUCCACUAGGCUGUACUGUCUGCCCAGCACUGUGGAAUGACAGAGGGAAAGGAACAUGUCCUGGCAGAGCUCUAGUUCCACCUCUUCUUCCUCGUAAUCUUCUUGCCCACUCCAUACUGCUCACCUGAAUCAUCUGCCUGACUGCAACCUGAGGCACAGAGCUGCUGUACUGCUUCCCACAGGCAGAAGCAAAUAAUAGCUUAAGUCUCAGCCCCCACAGUUUGAACCCCAAUUUAGCACCUACGCUGCACCAGUGGACUCUGUAAGGAUUAAAAGAUGUUGAAAGCAGUUUUAAAGAAAAGCCGGGAAGGUGUAAAAUCCAGCAAAAAAGACACAGGUGAAGAACUCUCUCAGAGUAUUUUAUUCACCGGUCAUAAUGUGGAGUUUCCAAUUGGUAGCUCAGCCAUCCAGGAUGAUCCUUUUCAUAUGGGAUUCUCUAAAGGAGUCUCUGUGUCAUUACCAUCAUCACCACUUUUGCCACGCCAGGCGUACUCCAUGCAACAGCGGGCACAAAAGAAAUCCCCAGGACCAAUCAGGAAGCCAAAGUAUGUGGAGAGUCCCAGAGUGCCGGGAGACGCUGUUGCAAUGCCAUUGAGGAAAGUCUCGGAGCUGCCGGAUCCCAUGCAGAAUGAAGAAGCUCUUGAGAAAAAAUUGGGCUGUUCCCCUGCAGCGCAAGAGCUAAUGACACGCUUGGGAUUCCUGCUUGGAGAAGGGAUUCCAGCCACUACCAAAGGUCCCAUGGAUGAGAAGGCUGAAAAUAUGUGUACAGUAUCAAGUCACGGAAUAAGCCCUUGCUCAACAUUGACGAACAGUACAGCGUCUCCUUCCACUGCCAGCCCUUGUUCAACCCUAAACAGCUGCAUCAGUAAGACAGCUGCCAAUAAAACCAGUCCUGGUGGAACCAUCAGCAGUCCCAGCUCCACACUGGAAAGCAAAGACAGUGGUAUCAUAGCAACCAUCACAAGUUCCUCUGAGAAUGAUGACCGCAGUGGAUCCAGUCUGGAGUGGAGCAGGGAUAGCAGCUUAAGAAUCGGGUCCCAUCACCAGGGGAUGAUUCAUGAGCGGAGAACAGAUAAUUGCUCACCCGUAGUGGAAGAAGAAACCUGUGCAACGGUGGACUGUUUAGCAAAGAUCGAUGUUCCUCAUGCAGAAGGCCCAGUUUCUUACGUGCAGAACUCCAGUUCCUUGGUGAUGCAGCGGCCCAACUCUGUAGCAGCCACAAGUUCGACCAAACUUGAAGACUUGGGUUACUUGGAUGUUCAGAGAAAUGUACCUUUGCGAACCUCAAUCAGGAUGCCCUGGAAUAACACUGCAGGAACCCGAGUACAACAGGAGAUCAAAGCACGUUUUGUCCCCUACAAGCCACAGGACAUUCUGUUGAAGCCCCUUUUGUUCGAGGUGCCAAGUAUAACAACAGACUCAGUGUUUGUCGGGAGGGGCUGGCUCUUUCAAGAAAUAGAGGAGAAGCUGAAAAGUGCUGAGCCGCCAGAGCAUCGGGGAGUUGCAAUUGUUGGUACCGUUGGAUUCGGAAAGACUGCAAUCAUUUCCAAGCUAGUCGCACUCAGCUGCCAUGGGACCCGCAUGAGGCAGAUUGCUUCCAACAGUCCCUCUUCGUCUCCCAGGAGUGUGGACCCCACUCAGGAAAUCCCACUCUCACAGACAUCUCCACUUAGCUUUGCCAUGUCUGGCUCAAGCACCUUGAAAACACUGGGCACUCGUGGAAGCCCUGAACAUCAAAAGCUAAUGGAUGAUUCCUUAAAGUACCUAGCUUCCAAGGUUGUUGCCUAUCAUUAUUGUCAAGCAGACAACACAUAUACGUGCCUGGUUCCAGAGUUUGUGCACAGUAUUGCAGCCUUGCUCUGCCGAUCUCAUCAGCUGUCAGCCUACCGGGAACUUCUGAUUAAAGAACCUCAAUUACAGAGCAUGCUGAGCCUCCGGUCCUGUGUACAAGACCCUAUAGCUGCUUUUAGAAGAGGAAUUCUGGAACCGCUGUCAGGCCUUCGAAGGGAGAGGAAAAUCUCUGAAGAAGAAUUCAUCAUUUUAGUUGAUGGUUUAAAUGAGGCUGAAUUCCAUAAACCAGAUUAUGGAGACACCAUUGCAUCUUUCUUGGCUAGAAUCAUUCCUUCCUUCCCUCCCUGGAUGAAACUCAUUAUGACUGUACGGACUAAUUUUCAGGAAAUAACAAGUUUAUUGCCCUUGUCCAAGAUUUCCUUAGAUGAUUUCCCGGACAACAAAGACAUCUGCAACGAUCUGAGCUCUUAUAUACAAUACAGAUAUAGCACUAGCCAGGAAAUCAUGAACAACAUUUCUCUUAAUGGCAAAACAGACAUCAACACCAUCAGCAAGCUUAGUGACCACUUGGUCAUGAGAAGUCAAGGCUCCUACCUGUACCUCAAAUUAACUCUUGACCUUUUUGAGAAGGGACAUUUGGUCAUUAAAAGCUCCAGCUACAAAGUAGUGCCAGUGUCUGUGUCUGAACUGUACUUGCUCCAGUGCAAUAUGAAAUUCAUGACAAACUCGGCAUUUGAGAAAGCACUUCCAAUUCUGAACAUGGCACUGGCCUCCCUGCACCCCAUGACGGAUGAGCAGAUCUUCCAGGCUAUAAAUGCGGGGAGUAUUUAUGGGGAGCAGAACUGGAAAGACUUUCAGCAGAGAAUGGAGACCCUCUCGUGCUUUUUGAUUAAAAGGAGGGAUAAGACACGAAUGUUCUGUCAUCCGUCAUUUAGAGAGUGGCUUGUUUGGCGAGCUGAUGGGGAGAGUGCACAGUUUUUAUGUGAGCCACGAAGUGGCCAUGCCCUUCUGGCCUUUAUGUUCUCCCGUCAGGAGGGAAAGUUAAAUCGGCAGCAAACAAUGGAACUGGGACACCAUAUUUUAAAAGCACAUAUAUUUAAGGGAAUGAGCAAGAAGAAUGGCAUCUCCUCUAGUACAUUGCAGGCCCUAUGGAUCGGUUACAGUACCGACAGCUUAUCGGCGGCACUCGCCUCCCUGAGGAACUUGUACACUCCCAAUGUGAAGGUAAGCCGGCUUCUCAUCCUGGCCGGAGCCAAUGUCAACUACAGGACCGAAGUCUUGAACAAUGCCCCAAUUCAGUGUGUCCAGUCCCACCUGGGCCACGAAGAGAUGGUCAAUCUUCUGCUGGAGUUUGGGGCCUCAGUGGAUGGUGUGUCAGAAAACGGCAUGACCCCGCUUUGUUAUGCAGCUGCAUCAGGCCACAUGGACAUUGUCUCACUUCUGUGCAAGAGAGGGGCUAAGGUUGAUCACAUGGACAAAAAAGGCCAAUGCGCUAUGGUACACAGUGCACUACGGGGACAUUGCGAUAUUGUUAAAUAUUUACUGCGUUGUGAUUGGUCGUCCUCCAGCCAGCAACCUGGCUAUGUGAGGAAGGGCCAAGCUCUGCAGCAAGCACUGACAGCAGCCUGUAGCAUGGGCCACACAGAGGUGGUGAAAUGUCUCCUGAACCAGGACAAGGAUCAUCCAAUGGACAUCAAUGAAAAUGACACAUUAUGGGGAGAAACAGCUCUUACAGCAGCGGCUGGACGGGGCAAACUGGAAGUGUGUGAGCUACUGAUCGAACAUGGAGCCAUCUUAUCCAGAGUCAACAGGCGGGGCAUCUCACCUUUGUUCUGUUCUGUGAGACAAGGACACUGGCAGAUUGCCAGGCUCCUCCUGCAGCACGGCUUUGACGUCAACAUCAGUGACAAGCAGGGGCGCACUCCUCUGAUGGUUGCUGCCUGUGAGGGGCACUGCGGCACAGUGGAGUUCCUUCUUUCUGAAGGUGCAGACAUUGCAGCACUGGACAAGGAGGGUCUGACUGCACUGAGCUGGGCUUGCUUAAAGGGCCACAAGGCUGUGGUUCAGUGUUUGGUGGAAAGGGGCUCAGCUAUCGAUCAGAUGGAUAGGAACGGACGCACACCCCUGGACUUGGCUGCUUUCUACGGAGAUGCAGAAAUUGUGCAGUAUUUGGUAGACAACGGUGCCAUGAUUGAACAUGUCGACUACAGUGGGAUGCGGCCUUUGGAUCGAGCCAUCGGAUGUCGAAAUACUGCAGUGGUUGUAACACUACUUCGGAAAGGAGCCAAGCUAGGAAACGCAGCUUGGGCAAUGGCUACCUCUAAACCUGACAUUCUGAUCAUCCUCCUGCAGAAGUUAAUGGAUGAAGGGAAUCUGCUGUACAGAAAAGGGAAAAUGAAAGAAGCUGCACAGAGGUACCAGUACGCCCUGCGCAAGUUUCCCCGGGAAGGGUUUGCAGAGGAAAUUAAAGCAUUCAAUGAGCUUCGCGUGUCUCUAUUUCUCAACUUAUCAAGGUGUCGCAGGAAAACAAACGAUUUUGGAUUGGCUGAGGAGUUUGCCACCAAAGCGCUGGAGCUGAAACCAAAAUGCCAUGAAGCGUAUUAUGCCAGGGCACGGGCUAAAAGAAGCAGCAGACAGUUUGUGGCAGCUCUUGCAGACCUCCACGAAGCACUAAAGUUGUGUCCAAACAAUUUAGAAAUAAAGAGACUUCUGACAAGAGUGGAAGAAGAAUUCAAACAGCAGCAAAGGACACAGCAGAAGCAAUUUCAGCCCCCCUCACAAGUACAUACUGAAUCUGACCAAGAGGAGGAAUCUCUCGCAGAGACCCUGAGCAGCCCAAGUUUUGAAGAGAUCCAAGAAGAAGAAAGCCCAAAGCAUGACGAUCAUCACCAAGCAUCUUCUCAUACACAGGACUUCUCUCUCAGCAGCAACCGGGUACAGGAACAUGUGAAUCAAAAAUAUAGGCCUGAAUCCCCCGUGGAACAUCCCAGUAAGAAUGUAGGUUUGCAGCAGGCACUGAUCAAGCAACCUACCAAGCAAGCACAAAUUGUGAAAACCAAUCAGCAUAUGAAUUCUUUGCAGUUGGUUUCAAGGACUGGAAGUAGUUUAGGUGCCUACAAGGCUCAUUUACCAUCAACCUUAACACCACUGAGCUCUGGUUCUUCCCGAAACUCUUCAAACCCGGCCAGCAGCAGAGCUUUCAAUACAGAUGGGACAAAUCUUGUAUCUUCUGGAACCAAUAGUGUGGGAGAACAUGCCUCCACAUACAGAGAUAAAAUGUCCACAGGACAUGGCAUUCAAAAGCAUGCCAGUGAUGUUGGAUCUUCAUAUAAGGCAUCAAGCUCAUUUGUGAGUAGUACUAAAACAGGAGAAAAACUAUUAGGUCAUCUCGAGGUGCAGGAAGCCCAGAUACCUAGUAGUGGAAAAACUCUAGGAACAGACUGCAAAAAAAUGACAUCACAUGGCUUAAUCUCAAGUAGCAGUUUCUCAGAAGGAGUCAAACUACCUGACGUACGUAGUAAAGAAGGUAAACUGAACCAGCAACAAGGUGCGACAACUGAACAGAGACUGCGCAACAUUCCGUUUAUGGGAAUCAUGGAUAAAACAGCUAGAUCUACACAGCAGAACGCACCGUUGGGUAGGAGUUGGCAUAAUCAAGCAACGGAGGCUUUUCAAAAGGACCCCCCCUCUGCUGGGAGUGUCCAGAGUGCAAACUUUGAAAAGAUGCCUGCCAGGCAGGUUCCUGUUUAUGGCAAUCACAACAAAACAAUGGCCAGCUCCUCCGGGGAAAACAUGCAUAAUGGUAUGGAAGAUGGAAAAGGUCAGAGGCCCAGUCACUUGCAGGAUCCAAGGGUGACCAAAGCUACUCCCCAGCCAUAUCCCGAAUCUAUAUCUAGAUCACAGUCCUUGUUAGUUAAAGAGGCAAAUAUAAGUGCUGUGCCAUCCUCUAAACCAAAGCGAUCCUUUAUAGAGUCAAACGUGUGAUGCAGUUACAGACAUUGUAUGGAAGAAUGGUCUUUAUGUGAGUGCACUCUUGAUAGCCUUCUAAUUCACAGUGCUGUCUAUUUUCUUUGAAUAUGAGGCCUUAUCAGUCUGUGGAUGGGAUAGGACAAAGACACUUGGCGUAUAAACUGUCUUAUGGCAGUUAAUCGCUUGAAAAGCAAACUAGGGGGUGUGGUAGUUGACUGAAAAGCAUCACGAUGUACUGUUUAUUGAAAUGGAAAUUCCAGUGCUGGGUAGGACCUCACUCAGUCAGUCUUUGUUGUGGAAAAUAUAAAGAAGCCAGACUCUAGCACUGUUACAUGGAAUGCAUAGAAUUUUAUACAUAUUGGUUUCAAAAUUGCGUUUUUCCCCUUUGAACCAUAUAACAGAGGAAUAAGGUGAAAGCGCUUAAAGGGACAUCAAAUCUACAUUUAUUAACCUGGACUUUAUCUUAAGCUGUAAUGAGCUAGGGAGACCACAAAAGGCUCAGUCGUGAGGAGCAAGUAGCAGCAGUGAAUGCUGGAGGUGGAUCAACAGGGGGUUCAAGACCACAAAUGUUUGUCAGGGAUCUAGAACUUGAGUGUCUCUGAUUUGUAGUAAACUACCAUUCCCUUCAAUGUUUGGCAUCGGCAGUUGGGAGGAUACCAGGUCCCUGAUAUACAAAGUUGUGGGUUAUGACUGCCCUCAUUUGGCAAAACAGUGACAGCCCGAUAAUAGGGAAGACAAGAGAGAAUCAUAUAAGCCAGUGUACUGAUGGUGCUAUGUUCCCAACUUACGAUAUUAAAGUUGUUAUACCUCAGUGAUAUCAUACAAGUCAGAUACUUUUCUGCAGUCGCCUCAUGGAUAAUGGAAAUGUAGAUAUGUUAUACAUAAGAAUAGGCCAAACAGGGCAAAGAUCAGCCAAGCCCAGUGGAUGCCCUGCCUAACUAAGCAGAUAAAUGUCUGGCCUGGUUGGCAGCAACUGCUCAGGGAUAGAAGCUUUGAUGAUCACUUAUCAAUAUAAAAAAGGCCAGUGCUGUAACUACUGCAGAAUCUCUUGGCUCUGACUGAAUGAACUUCUUCAUUGAGCACACGAGUGGUGGGGAGUCAGCAGCAGGUGCCUAAAAGUGCUUGUUUCCACACGUUACUUUGUCUUCUUGGACCAGUUGGGUUAAAGCUGUUCCCAGUUAUACAGUGAAAUCGUAAAGGAUUUUGAUGCCUCAAAAGAAUCAUGGGGAUACAGCUGGCCAUUAAGAUGUUGUAGAACAGCACAACUGGGAGUUAAGAUGGCCAUACUUUCUGCAAGUUGAGGGGCUGUUUAGAUAAUUCUGUGAUCCUGCUGAAUUGAAGAUUAUCUCUCCUGUUGGAAAAUUUCUCUUUACUUUUCUGCUUUUGUGAUCAUUUGGGUGCUCGCCUGAACAAAUGGAACAACAGAAAGUACUUGGUCGGCCCAUUUAUAUUACAAUAGCUAAAGAUCCUCUAGUUGCCAAUCACUGCUUUGAAAUAUACAGCAGUAGCAUAUAUUCUGGGCACCUAACAAACUCAGUAUUAAAAAAACGUGCUGGUGCCUUUAAAAAAACAAACUGUAAAGAUAAGUUGUUUUUGUUUGUAAUAAGCUCUUAUAAGGAUCCUUUUAAAAAGUGUCUCCUGUUAUCACUUGUAUUUAUUGUGUUAAACAGGAUAGGGUGCCUUAAACGUCUAAAAGGGGGAUAUUUGGCCCUAAAUGCAAGAUUCUGUCAUUUGCGCAUCAAUAUCCAAAGAUGAUUUUACUCUUUUUCCUGCAAGAGGUAUUGGGAUCGCUGGCCAGAUAUAAUGGUUGGAUCCUAAUCUAAGUCUGAAUGUAAUUCCUAUGUAUAUUGCCAUUUUCAUAAUGUUAUCUGUAAUCUUGGGUUUAUUUAAUAGAGGGGGGGGUCACAGGCGGAGAUUGUAACUAUAUUGUUUUUUCUAUAAGUAUUACAUUUUCUCAGUGUACAUAUAACCUCAUGUUAAAGAGAAACAAGUCAGCUGUAUAAUGCAUGUUAUAGCUUCAGCCGUACCGGGGUAUUGCACUGUAUGAUAUAUAUAUAUUAAUGCGAAAUAUCAGUUCUAACAGUUACCGCACUUUAUUUUCUUUAUUUUAUAAAGGACACCUCUAAGGUGCUAUCUUACAGAAGAUAAUUGUACAGAUAGAGUGAAAGAGAAAAGGUACAGAUUUUGAGUUACAUAUUUUGGAUAGCAAGAAAAAGUUUGUGGUUUGUAAAAAUUUUGUAUUUACGUUUCCAAUGUGCGUUUAACGUUUGUUUUGUACGCAGUCAUUUUUAAAGGAAACCUUGUAUUUCUGUAUAUUGCUAUAUAUAUAUAUAUAUAUAUAUUUUACUAACUGUUUUAUGAAACAGGUUGCCCUAUUCAGAGCGAGGCAGAAAGACACCACUAUCUAUGUUCCAUGUACAAAUGUUAUAACAGAAUAUUUCCAUAUUUCUCUAUAGAGCUUAUUUAAUUUUUACAAUAUCUGGAUCUGUCUCCUUCAGUUGGUUUGUAACUCUCUUUUGCACAUCUACUGUAUUUCCAUAAGGAAUAAACAAAAUGUAUUAGAGAAGGUCACAUAUUCAUUGUAUCUCAUAGACAUUUAGCCACGCAUCAGUGAAAUAGCAAGGCGUUGCACUAAACUACUAGUGAGGGCCACGGAUUCACAUGUUUGGAGGCAGUUUUAUGGCAAAAAAAGAAAAAAAGUGCUGUGAAAAUCUUGUGUAUGGUGGCGGCAAUAAAAAUCUCAACAUUCA